AUGGCGGGCAUCCGGGCGGCCACGACCGCCCGCACGUUCGUCGUCGGCUGGGUGGCACGGUCUAGAGUACCGGCACAGGCCACCACUGACGGCGGUGCCCAGUUCGAGUCCGGCCUGUGGCAGCACCUGUCGGCGCUCCUUGGCUGCCUUUCGCACCGCACCACCAGCUACCACCUGCAGGGUAACAGCAUGGUGGAGAGGUCCGCGUGCCCCGAUAUCUCGGACGACGCUGACUUCCUGCACUACAAGAUGUACGCGGACUGUGUACUGUACCGGCUGGUGCAGACCGUCAGUGACGUCACAGGAAUGCCUCGAGAGAGGGUGAUGCACAGCCUGGGUCAGCACUUCCUGCCGUUCGCGGUUGAAAUAGGCUUCGGCGACAUCAUCCACGGCAUCGGCCAGACGUUCGAGACAUUCCUACAGAACAUCGACUACCUCCACUGGUACCUGAUGUCGACGGCGUUCGCCGGCACUCAGUCGCCGUCGUUCCGCCCGGAGCUCGUGGGGCGAGAGGGCGAGGCUCUCGCCCUCAACUACUACUCGCGCAGGGACUGCUGUACCGGCAUCGUAACGGGACUGCUGCAGGCCGUCGCUCGGAACAUCUUCAGCAUCAACAUCAAGAUCAGCACCGUCAGUGUCCACAAGGAGAUGGUUUCGAAUCGUCCGAUGGUGCACGUUAUAUUCAGGAUCACGCAACAUCCGAUCGGUAUGCCGAGGAUCUCGCUGAACUGGAUGAAGGAGUGGCCGGAGUCGGUGCAGCUGGUCAAGAAGCGCACCCAUACCCGCGGUGACGGGCUCGCUGUCGGCGGCAAGCUCUUCGGCCGCAUCCACCCCUACCACAUUGUCUUCGACAGACGGCUGACUAUCCUGCAGACGGGAGCCGGCCUCGGCGCGCAGAUCCCAGAGACGCAGCUGGAGGGCGCGCGGCUCGACCACGUCUUCUGCAUGACCUGGCCCGAGGUCACGCUCUCGGUGGCCAACAUCGAGCGCUUCUCCAACCUCGUGUUCCAGCUGGAGUACCGCAAGGUCACGCGCAGCGGCAAGAGGUUCUUCUGUCUGAAAGGCAGCAUCGUGGGCAUGGCUGCCGCCUCGGACGGGGCGCCGCUGGAGCUGACCGACGCCCCCCUGUUCCUGUACCUGGGCUCGCCGCUGGCGCGCAGUGUGCGCGACCUGGAGCGGAUGGCACUGAAGAUCUCGGACAUCCCGAGCCACGACUCUACGCGCGAUCUCAUCCUGCUCAAGGACCAGCGCGGCAUCGAGUUCGACGUCAUGCAGCAGCUGGAGAAGACGACCUCGGAGCUGGCCGGCACAGCGACCGCGCUGCAGAAGGAGAUGCGACGCACGGACGAGCUGCUGCACUCCAUGAUCCCGCCGCUGGUGGCCGUCAAGCUGAAGCGCAACGAGCCCGUGCAGGAGACGUUCGAUGAGGUUACGAUCCUCUUCAGCGACGUCGUGACCUUCACCCAGAUUGCGGCCAGUUGCACACCGGUCCAGGUGGUCCAGCUGCUCAACCAGCUGUACACCUACUUCGAUCAGCUGACUGAGCACAACAACGUGUAUAAGGUGGAGACCAUUGGUGACGCGUACAUGGUGGUGGGAGGCUGUCCAGAGGUGAACUCCGAGCACGCCGCCCUGGUGGCCACGCAGGCGCACCAGAUGAUCCGUGGCGCAGGUCAUGUGCUGGUCCCCACCACGGACAAGCAGGUGCAGAUCCGGGUGGGCAUGCACACGGGCCCGGUGGUGGCCGGUAUCGUGGGCGUCAAGAUGCCGCGCUACUGUCUCUUCGGCGACACGGUCAACACCGCCUCCCGCAUGGAGUCGCACGGCCUGUCCGGUCACGUCCACAUCAGCCACUGCACCUACACGUGUCUGCGGUCCAACCCGCGCUUUUUCUUCGAGCGGCGCGGCCAGAUCCCGGUGAAGGGGAAGGGCAUGAUGUCCACCUACUUCGUGCACGAGGUGCAGCCGAGCGAGCCGGUGGAGCUGGCCCCGGUGGCACCCGCCUACAUCCAGUACAAGUCGAAAUCGCGGCCUCUGGUUAUAGUGCCGCACCGGCACCACCCCUUCAGCGGCGUCUGUCUGCUGAUGUGA